AUGAAACGUGCAGCCGCAGAAGAUGUUAAUGUUACUUUUGAAGAUCAACAGAAAAUUAACAAAUUUGCAAGAAAUACUAGCAGGAUCACAGAGCUGAAAGAAGAAAUAGAAGUGAAAAAGAAACAACUUCAGAAUUUGGAAGAUGCUUGUGAUGACCUCAUGAUGCUUGAUGAUGGUGAUUCACUUCUGAUACCCUACCAAAUUGGAGAUGUCUUCAUUAGUCAUUCCCAAGAAGAAACACAAGAGAUGCUGGAGGAGGCAAAGAAAAGUUUACAAGAAGAAAUUGAAGCAUUAGAAACCCGAGUGGAAUCAAUUCAGAGGGUGUUAUCCGACCUGAAAGUUCAGCUCUAUGCAAAGUUCGGAAAUAACAUAAAUCUUGAGGCUGAGGACAGUUAAAGGUGUUCUAAAUAUACGAUACAAAUUUUCCUUGUUUUAGUAAAUGUUUUGAUAACAUGUUCCAAUUACAUUUAAAAAAAUUCCGCCACUCUUUUUGUUACUUUCCUGUCUUGGGUUCCACCUAUUUAAUGAAAGCUUUCUUAUUUUGGUUAUUGCAGUUAUUUAUUUGUUCAGGAAAACAUUAGCUUCAUACUGUUGGUAAAGCAUCAAGAUUGGAAUAUUUGCAUUGCUUAUUAAAGUAAUAAAGUCAGGCACAUAUUGUAGUUUCCUUGGUCUUAUUUUCCACUCAUGGAAAAAGCUU